GUGUGGUCUGACAUCGCCCAAGUCCCUGCCCGCGCAGGUAGACUCCGCUGAGGGGCCGCUCCCUGUAAUCAAGGCCCACAUCAAAUCGCGGUGCGCUUGCGGGGUUUUCCUCUUGUUCCUACGUCGGGAGCAAUCAGAUGUGAGGCAAGGACGAAUCCGAUCAACCAAAAAGCAGGCCGGCUUUACGAUCUCAUAACUUCGGAGAGUCCAAAGACGGAAGGGCUGAAGGCUUCAAGCACCAAGACCAGGUCACCAGAGGCACCAAACAUCAUGGAUGAAAAGCAGCACCAACACAUCCCCCUAGGCGAAGCGCCCAGAGAUGUUUCAGCCAUCGAAGCCCAGGAGAAAGCCUCGCAGCUGCCCUACUGGAACGCAUCGGUUGCGUUCCAGCUAGGCUGCGCGCUGCGCACCAGGCUGCUUGGCUUCGACAGGCCCGCCGUCGUCCACAUCUCGACGGUCUCGACGCCGGCGCACGUCCUGUUCCACUGUGUGACGCACUCGGGCACCGCGCUGGACAACGACUUCUGGGUCAGCAGGAAGCGGAAUGCGGUCAUCCGCUGGGGUGCAAGCACGUGGAGAUUGCACAACCAGAUGGAGGGGGACGAGGAGAAAUUCAAGGCGAAGUUUGGAUUGGGAGAGAAGGCUUCCGAGUAUGCGAUCCAUGGAGGCGGAGUGCCCGUGUACGUCAAGAAUGUCGAUACGCCGGUUGCCGUGGUUGUCGUCAGCGGUCUGAAACAGUGGGAUGACCACAUGGUGGUGAUUGAGGAAUUGGCCAAUGUGUGCAAGAGUCUUGAGGCCAGCUCUUGAUUUGAGGAGGUGACCUGCGAUCAAGCGGUUGCGAGCUAUACUGAGGCUCUCACAUGGUUUGAAACUGUCAGUUGACAAGUCUGAGUAUGGAGACUAUGGACCACAAACC